ACGAGAAUUUUACCUGAAAUCGACUGAACGUUUGUCAAAGGUGGCAAAGCACGCCAUUCAAUACCAACCAAAAACCUGUGACAUCCAUCCUGUGCAGAAAAACAAGAGCGUUUGGAGAGCAUGAGGCCUCCUGAUUUAGUGCAGAGACAGCUGUGGUGAAAAACCUAACACUUUAUUUUACUGCACCUCUGCCAUAAAUGCAUUUAGCCAAUCCAGUGUAAGUGAAUGCUAACUAGGUAGUUUGGAAUAUUUAGGGCUACUAUUUUAUUUUCCUUCAGGAGGAGAGCCACUGUGGAGGGGCAAAAGAGCCACGUGUGGCUCUGGGGCCUCGGGUUGCAAACCUUUGGUCUAAGCUUUAGCGGAGGACUCUGGCAGGAAGAUUCAGAAGAGCCACCAGACUGCAUUUCAUUCCAUCAGCAAGGCUGUAGGAAUGCAGUAAGACAUAUUGAAAAUGGAAAGUUGGCCUCAAUGGAAAAAACACACCAACUGUUGCGUAAGACCUUUGAUUGCUUUAGUCACGAAAGUAAAGAAUGUUGACAGCUCCAUCAGUGAAAGACAUACCUUCAAACUGACAAACAUGAAAAACAAACUUUACUUUUCUGUUGAAGAACAAAGUAUUGAAUGAGGGUACCUUUAACUAAAGGAUUUUGAGAUAACAGCGGUAAUCAAACGACUUGUCAGUGAGACUUCUACAGUUUUCCUUUCUUGGAACAUUUCCUUUCUGUAUUUGGGAAUGGAGAGCCAAUGUUCCAAAAAAGAUUCAGGAUUGCCAAAGAGCACUCUGGGAAAUUCCACUGUAUGUUUUCCAAAAUUUCUUUCAACAGCUGUGUUCGCUGUUGUUGUCCUCAUGAACUCCACUUUGGCUAAAACAGAUGAUUUUGGACCUUGGAGUUGAGCGUUAAAACCUUUCAAGGCAGUUCUGGGCUCUUUGGUUUCCAUCUGUGUUUCCUUCAGUUUGCCAUCAGGUUUUCCUUUGGAGUCACGUCCAGAGAAGUUAUCUUUAGUCCUGUGGACUUUAAGCUUCUGAAUGAUCUGAGCAGCUGUAGUCACAGAAACCUCAAGCAGUUAUACUCAUCUCUUUGUUAUCAGUGAAAAAGUAUUGUGUGGUUUUCAUGGAUUUUCAGUACAUGUGGCUUUUCUUAUAUUACUUUUGACUUCAAGAUUCCUCUUUUAUCGUUUUGGGUUCUUCUUUUCUUAACAAAAGCGGCAGCAAUACGUUUGUCUUUGCCUUUAACUGAAUUAAAACAUCAAGAGAUGACUUGUGAUUGAGUGAAACCCAUUAUAAGCUGUAUGUCCAUGAAAAGAGGACUACAGUAUGUGUUCUCCUCUGUUUGGCUUUGAACAGAACCAUGUCCUGAUUGGUCUUGUAAAGGUCUUUACAGCAGAAGUCAGGAUUCCAAAUUUCUUCCUAAUUUACAAACUUGUAUAUAAAGUGUCAGUGUCCAUGGACACUUUCAGUUUGACCGUCCUCAUGCAUCAUCCUGUCAGUGCUCUGGAUCUGCUCACUUCUUCUUGUCUUGUCAUGUUUUGUCCCAAACCGUGCUGAGAAUGUGUUCCUAUAAAUAAGUUUGACAGUGCAAAAAAGGGGGAGGAGCAUCUCCGUUCAGGUGAAUGGUCACAGGAAGGGAUCAGGGAGCAGCAAGUAUAGCGUGAGCUUAGAUUGCGUGCUGGCAUUAGACUAGAAAGAUCUGAAUGCUGCCAGUCCCACAUUCUUCUGAUGAAGGCCUGGACUGAGCUUCCUCCUCCGGUUGUCUGUCAAGAACUGAGUAGAAGCAUUUGGUCAUGUCUGCAGGAUCUCAGCUGUCGGCUCGGCCUCACACAGACCCAUGAAGAUGACGGCUUCAGACCAGAACAGAGUCCAGUCUCCAGGAUCCUGCGCUCUUUUCAGAAUGAAGGACUGGUCCAACAACCAGCAUCCAGACUCCAAUGAAGCUGGACUCUCAGACUCAAGAGGUCAGCAGGUCACACAGAGACUCCAGUCAUCAGCAUGGAGCCAUGAGUCAGGAAGAAGGAACUCCAAAGAGAGAAAUCCACCCUACAUGAGCAAACCCAGACCUCCAGAUGCUAAAGGUCAGCAGCUCUCACAGAGAAUCCAGUCAUCAGCAUGGAGAAAUGAGUUAAGAAGGAUGAACUCCAAAGAGAGAAAUCCACCCAACAUGAGUGAACCCGCACCUCCAGAUGCUAAAGGUCAGCAGCUCUCACAGAGACUCCAGUCAUCAGCAUGGAGAAAUGAGUUAAGAAGAAUGAACUCCAAAGAGAUAAAUCCACCCGACAUGAGUGAACCCGCACCUCCAGAUGCUAAUAAAGGUCAGCAGCUCUCACAGAGAAUCCAGUCUGCAGCAUCAAGCUGUUGGUCCAUGAAGAGCAAAAACUCCAAAGAGAGGAAUCCACCCUUCCUGAGCGAACCUGGACCACUGGGCUCAGAAAAGGAGACGCCUGAGACGUCCUGCUGUCCUCUGUGUCGGAACCUCCUGAGAGAUCCAAUCUCCACCAGAUGUGGACAUUGGUUCUGCAGAUACUGCAUCACUUCAUCCUGGGACUCAGGACUCUGCUCCUGUCCUCAGUGUGGAGAUGUUGGACUGAAGGAGCCAUUAGAUGAACAUCAGAUCAGUUUGAGGAGGAGAUGUGAACAUGCAACUGAAGAAUCAGGAAAAGAAAUGCCCCUGAACCGGAUCUACACUGAGCUCUACAUCACAGAGGGACUGAGAGAAGAGGUCCAGACCCAACAUGAGGUGAGGCAGCUGGAGACCUCCUCCAAGACCAACAGGCGUCAUGAUGCUCCAAUCAGGAACCAGGACAUCCUGAAACCCUUACCUGACCAGCAUGGAUCCAUCAGAGUGGUUCUGACCAGUGGCGUUGCUGGAGCUGGAAAAAGCUUCUCGGUGCAGAAGUUCACUCUGGACUGGGCCGAGGGCUCGGAGAACCAAGACAUCAGUGCUGUGGUUCCUCUGUCCUUCAGGGAGCUGAACUUGAUCAGAGACCAGCAGCACAGUCUUCUCUCUCUGAUCCAGCUGUUCCAUCCAACGUUCCAGAAGAUCCCAGCAGAGCAGCUGUCUGUCUGCAAACUUCUCUUCAUCUUUGACGGUCUGGAUGAAAGCAGACUUUCUCUGGACUUCAGCAACAGUCCGGCGGUGUCUGAUGUCACACAGACGUCCUCAGUCAACGUGCUGCUGAUAAACCUCAUCCAGGGACGUCUGCUGCCCUCAGCUCUGGUCUGGAUCACGUCCAGACCUGCAGCAGCCAAUCAGAUCCCUGCUUCAUGUGUGGACAGACUGACAGAAGUACGAGGCUUCAAUGAUGCUCAGAAGGAGGAGUACUUCAGGAGGAGGUUCCCAGAUGAAGAGCAGUCCAGCAGAAUCAUCUCCCACAUCAAGACCUCCAGGAGCCUUCACAUCAUGUGUAGAAUCCCGGUCUUCUGCUGCAUUGCUUCUGCAGUUCUAAAGGAAUUUUUGACCCCAGGGCAGAGAGGAGAACUGCCCAGGACCUUAACAGACAUGUACUCUAGUCUCCUGUUGGUUAUAGCAAAGAGAAGGAAGAACAAGUACCAACAAGGAGAGAACUUAAACCAACAAGAGCUGAAAGAAGCUGAUGUCACAGUUCUUCUGAAGCUGGGGAUGCUGGCCUUUAAACAUCUGGAGAAAGGAAACAUCAUGUUCUACCAAGAAGACCUGCAGCAGUGCGGUCUGGACGUCACCGAGGCCUCGGUGUACUCUGGAGUUUGUACUGAGAUCUUCAGAAGAGAGUGUGGAAUCUUCCAGAAAGCGGUCUACAGCUUUGUUCAUCUGAGCGUUCAGGAGUUUCUGGCUGCAGUCUACAUGUUCCACUCUUACUCCAACAGGAACACCAAAGUUAUGAAGGACUUCCUGAAGGAUCAAAGAAACAUCUCAUCUCUGGAUGAGUUUCUGAGUAGAGUCAUGGAGAAAUCCCUGCAGAGCAAAACUGGACAUCUGGACCUUUGUGUUCGAUUCCUUCAUGGCCUCUCUGUGGAGUCCAACCAGAGGCUCUUAGGAGGUCUGCUGGGUCAGACGGACCAGAGUCCAGAAACCAUCCAGAAAGUCACCAACAACCUCAAGAUGGUACAGAAGGACGAUGAGACACCAGAAGACUACUCUCUGCCAUGGCAGAUGAUGAGUGGAGAUCAAAUCUCUCCUGACAGAAGAAUCAACAUCUUCCACUGUCUGAUGGAGAUGAAGGACCUCUCAGUCCAUAAAGACGUUCAGGAGUUUCUGAAGUCAGAGAACAGAGCAGAGAAGAGACUCUCAGAGAUCCACUGCUCUGCUCUGGCCUACAUGCUGCAGAUGUCAGAGGAGGUUCUGGAUCAGCUGGACCUGGACGAGUACAACAUGACAAACGAGGCUCGGCGGAGGCUGAUCCCAGCUGUGAGGAACUGCAGGAGCGCUCUGUGAGUUCAGACGUGGACAUCUUCCAUCUGUGUGGGACAGAUUCUCUAUCCCAACAUUUGUGUUCAAUACAAACACAAAUGCCAGAUGGAUUUGUUGAGUUCAAAGCAUUUAACUAUUUUACAAAGUUUUCAUUUUGUGUUUAUUUAGACCUGCCAUAACCCAAAUGUGUCCUUUCAUUCUGACCAUAGGCUGUUAUUUAGGCUCCUUUAACAUUUUCAUUGGGAUUAGAAUACAAUUAUCAGACAACCUUACUGAAAACUGUUAAGCUUUUAAUUUGAAAGUACAACAUAUUUCUUAUACUAACUGUACAAAUCUUUAGAAUAACUUUACAUUUUGAUAUUUUAAAGAUAGAAAAAAAACAAAAAGGUUUUUUUAAAUGUCUUUUUUAAAUAUCUAUCAGAGUUUGUUGUUGUAUUUUUUAAACAGAAUUUCCCACAUUUAACAUUUGUCUCCCACAUUUAAUGCUUCUCACCUGCUCAGGUGUGCUGUUCUGUUCUGAAUGUGACGAGCGCUCGCUCCUGAAGGUUUUGUGUUGUCCGUUGUCAUUGUGUUACUUCCUGUUGACUGUCAGUGCUGCUGCCUUAAAAGAAAAACACGUUAAAACGUUGACAAAGUUCAGCUUCAUUAAGCCUGACAGUCACUGAUGGUCAAAUAAAGGAUUGUUAAAGUUGUCCAGAUUCUUGAAGGAUUGUUAAACUGAAGAAAUGUUUGUUUUGAUGGAGAUUUAUGAAAACCUUUUGAUAUUUAUAACUGUUGGAAUCAUCUCCUGAGCUGAUAACUCGUAUUCAUGUUCUGAGCUGAAACAUUGUUCCUGUGUGUCUGUAACACGUCCUGCUCGUGAAAUGUUUUUAUUUGCCUUUUUUUAACACUUUUUGGUUUUGUACGCUCAAACGUUAAUGACACGGAUCAGUGAGUUGAAUGGCUUUCAUUCUUUUCUCCUUGUAGCCACAUUAUUUAGGCAAAAUGUUUACUUUUGUUUCGUAUGAAAACGUUGUUUUUGUUCAAACUCCAGACAAAUAAAAAGUGUCACUAAGUCAGA